GUUAAACGUGCACGUCUUGAACAAUCGUUUAAUUGGAGUUUAUUGGCUAGAAUAAAUUUAAACAAAUGCAAAUUCAAUUUCACCGCUGAAGUUCUUCCUCCAGGAUCAUCUGCAAUACCUGCACUCAAUUGCAUCCCUUUCCAUGUAACGCCUAUUGUUCGUAGUUGGCGUCCUCAUUUUGAUCAGGUUAUCAAUUUCAAAGCUGAUGUUGAUAGUAGUAUAGAAUUUCGUCUUUCUGUUCGUGAUAGCAGACGAGAUGAAGGCAUAGAAGUUGGCUAUGCUCGAUUUAGUAUUCGUUCUAUUUCAGCUGCCAAUGGUAAUCAAUUAAACAAUCUAGCAUUUUCACAACCAAUUAUACCAUUACCAUGGCUACAAAAUUCUAAUAUCGCUGCCACCACUGUAUUGGGCAAUCUUGAUUUUUCGAUUUCUGUACCAUUACGCCAGCUGAACAGUGCGUUACUAGCCCAACACUUGUCCAGAUCGGCAUCCAGACUGUCAGUUCCUAUUCGCAAUGGUCGUUUAAAUUCAUCACCCCGCCAGGAUGUUACAUCGAACAAUACACUAAGAAUGCCUACUUCCAAUGCAACGAACACUUCAGAUACUAGUGCAGCUCUAAAUUCACCAAAUAGCACAGAGAAUGCAGAUGAUACACCUUUACCACCUGGUUGGGAAGUUAAAUAUACUGCAGAAGGUCGUAAAUAUUAUGUGGAUCAUUUAACUAAGACUACGACAUGGUGUAAACCGACUCCUCUACCGCCUGGGUGGGAGCGACGAACAGACAAUGUUGGUCGUGUGUAUUACAUUGAUCAUAAUACCAGAACAACCACAUGGUUGUGUCCAAAUCAAACACUGUUAAAUACAGUACAGAAUUAUCAACAGCUGGCUGCUUCACGAAAUGGAGUUAUGCAUCAACAGAUGAAUGAACGUUAUGCUAAUGCUGUUUGGAAUAAUGGUGGUGUGUUUACGGAUGGAAAUUCACGAACAAAUGUAUCUGUCUGUGGAGUAAUGGAUCCACUUGGUCCUCUUCCAGCCAAUUGGGAGCGACGUGUUGAUAUGUCAGGUCGUUCUUAUUUUGUUAACCAUGUUAGCAGAAUAUCUCAGUGGGAAGAUCCUAGAAUACAAGGUCAUCCAUUGCCAUCUGGUUGGGAAAUUCGUUAUACAACUGAAGGAUUUCCAUUUUUUGUAGAUCAUAAUACAAAAACAUCUACAUUUAAUGAUCCUAGACGAAAAGAUUCAAGUGGAAAUAUUGAACAAGCAUGGUCAUUUGAAAAUAAAGUCUCUAGUUUUCGUUAUCUUUGUCAUUCAAAUCUAGUGACUAAAAAUGUUAAAAUAGUUGUAUCCCGUGGGAAUCUGCUUGUUGAUUCAUUUGAACAAAUUAUGCGUUUAAAAGCUCAUGAAUUACGCUGUCGAUUGUUUAUUUCUUUUACUGGUGAAGAAGGUCUCGACUAUGGUGGUCUGUCAAGAGAAUGGUUCUUUAAACUUUCCACAGAACUUUUAAAUCCGAUGUAUUGUCUAUUUGAAUAUGCCAGUGGUAAUAAUUACGCAUUGCAAAUUAAUCCAGCUUCUUCAGUCAACCCUGAACACUUGGAAUAUUUUCGAUUCGUUGGACGUUUCAUUGCCUUGGCAUUGUAUCAUGCCCGGUUCAUUGACAGUGGAUUCACCUUACCCUUUUAUAAACGGAUGUUAAAUAAGAAUCUUACUCUAGCUGAUAUUGAAACUGUUGACUUAGAAUACUAUAAUUCAUUGAAAUUUAUUCAAGAGAGCAAUAUUGACGAAUGUGCUCUUGAUAUUUACUUUGCUAUGGAUUAUGAAAUAUUGGGUGAAUUACGAACUCAUGAAUUGAAACCUGGUGGGAAAGAUAUUUUAGUGACAGAUGAAAAUAAACAAGAAUAUAUUGAUCUAAUGGUAAACUGGCGGUUUUCUCGUGGUGUCGAAGAUCAAACCAAUGCAUUCCUAACAGGCUUUGAAGAUGUUUUCCCGCUACAAUGGUUACAAUACUUUGAUGAGCGAGAAUUAGAGAUAAAGUUUUUUUUUUGUUUGCUUUUUUGUCUUUCAUUACUUUUUUAAUAUUAGGUUUUACUAUGCGGCAUGCAACAAAUUGAUGUAGAUGAUUGGCAAGCGCAUACAACGUAUAAGAAAUACGAUUCACGAUCUCCACAAGUUGUAUGGUUUUGGAGAUUUGUUCGAGGAUUGACGCAACAAAAGCGUAUUCGAUUAUUACAAUUUGUGACUGGCACAUGUCGUGUUCCCGUCGGAGGAUUUAAAAAUCUUAUGGGAAAUAAUGGUCCACAACCAUUUUGUAUCGAGUACAUUGGUAAAGAAUCCUGGCUACCGCGCAGUCAUACGUGUUUCAAUAGGCUGGAUUUACCACCUUAUCGAUCCUAUGAACAGUUAGCUGAGAAGUUAUCUUUUGCUAUUGAUGAAACUGAAGGUUUUGGACAAGAAUAAAGUUGUUUUUAUUUUUCCUGUUUCUUCAAAAUGAAAUAGUUCGCUGUGCCUUUUAGAAUAGGAAGAUUGAACUAUUUUGUUUCAUGAUUAAUUACGAAGCUAAACAGUUGAUCUUCCUUCUUCUUUCUUUUUUAUUUUCCAAAGAGUCUCAAAUAAAUCCUUGCCUAUUAUUGUUCAAAGCAUUUGUUGCUGUUUUUUUGACAUGUGAGUGUAUGUGUAAGUCAGAGAUUUAUCUAUCGUUUCUGCUGGAAUGUUUGAAUGUUAAACAAAGUCGUUUUCACUCUCCAAUCCACGACGUCUUCUACAAUGUAAUCAUCCAAUAAGGAUUGAACAAUGACAGUCCUCUCUCUCUUUUUGUAUAUGCAUAAACAAAUUAUUUUUUUCUAUUUCCUAUGUUUAACUAUUUGAAGACAUUGAAGUGAUUAGUCUUCCCUUCAGUUGCUCUGUAAACUAACUAAUAACCAAUUUAUUACAUCUGGCUGUGUCAUCAUAUUCUUCACAGGUAUCUUGCCCAUGUAUCUUGUUGGUAACAGCAAGACAACUGUCUUAUUUUUAUGUCUCAACCGAUACUCCUUUUUGUGCAUCAGUUAGUUGAGUACAAUUUCAGUGGUGUGUUGUACAACUUUUUCAUUAAACUAAAAUCAUGAAUCACUUUCUCUCUGUCAUCAGCUAAAGUAAACAGUCAUUCAACCUUUUUUUACUACUUGGAGACCUCUAGUCUCAUUGUAUUUCAUCCAUUCCAACUGUUAACUAUCGAAUCAAUCGACUCCUGCCAUUUUGUCGAAUUCCAUUCAAAUUUGUCAAUUUACACCUUGAAAAAAGAAAUUCAUUAUAUUUUAUCAGACUACUUUCAAUCUAUUGCUUUUUAUAUUACGUAACUAAUUGACACUGAAAGAUAUGAAAAAUUUUCAUAUUAUACUGGUUAAUGUAUAGUAAAUAUUGUUUAUCUUGACAAUUGGUGAUCAGAGCGUGUUUGUUGUGUAACGCAUGUGUUGUUUCUCUGAAUUCUAAUAACUAUAUGCAGUAGUGAAAAUAAACACUAUAAUUACC